CUAAGAGGAGACCACACUCUGUGGAGUGUUAUUCCUUUUCUAAUAAACUUUCCUUUUGACUCUAACUUUGGCAUGUGUGUUGAAUUCUUUCUACACUCACCGCCAAAGGACCCUCUCUUCUCAAGUUGCAUGGCUUGGUUCCCCUCGCCCCCGCCCCCCAACUCAGGGAAAUUUGCCGUGUCCUGCAUCAAGAUUAGCGAAUAAAAAUACAGACCUUCCUGUUAAAUUUGAAUGGCAGAAUAAUUUUGUAACAUAAGUAUAGCCCACUAAAUAUUUGGGCUAUACUUAUGCUAAAGUGUAUUCGGUGUUGGUCCGAUAUUCAAAUUUAACUGGGCAGUCUGCUUUUGACCAGACAACCCUACCACCAGGGCGGGUGGAGGCAGGACCCCUGUAUGCAUUCCAGGGAGACCCAAGGGGCCGGAGGUGCAGGUGUGAGGAGAGGUCCCAUAAAAGAUAAGGCUGGCCCUUUUGGUGCACUUUUCCGGAGAACAGCUCUGGGAAGACAAGCUUCUCGGCUCUUGGAAGUAUUAGCUGAGGUCUAAUCGGGGAAGGCUUACCCGCUUCUCCUAGUCGGUUGGAGUCUGCGGCUCCUCCUUAGCCUCCCCGGGGCCAGGUAGCGGCUGGCAAAAGGCGACCCGUGGGCCAGCGCGGUAACCCCGCCUUCCGCUCCCCGCAGGGGUGGAGCCUGAGCGAGGAUCCUGCGAGCAGCCUUCUCUCCCCGGGUGAGUAGUGGCAGAACAUGGAGUCGGGCAAGAUGGCGCCUCCCAAGAAUGCUCCCAGAGAUGCUUUGGUGAUGGCACAGAUCCUGAAGGAUAUGGGAAUUACUGAGUACGAACCAAGGGUUAUAAAUCAAAUGUUGGAAUUUGCUUUCCGAUAUGUGACUACAAUUCUGGAUGAUGCAAAAAUUUAUUCGAGCCAUGCUAAGAAACCUAAUGUUGAUGCAGAUGAUGUGAGACUAGCAAUCCAGUGCCGCGCUGACCAGUCUUUUACCUCUCCUCCUCCGAGAGAUUUUUUACUAGAUAUUGCAAGGCAGAAAAAUCAAACCCCUUUACCUCUGAUUAAGCCAUAUGUAGGACCCAGACUGCCACCUGACAGAUACUGCUUAACAGCUCCAAACUAUAAGCUGAAGUCCUUAAUUAAAAAGGGACCUAACCAAGGAAGAUUAGUUCCACGGUUAAGUGUUGGUGCUGUUAGUAGCAGACCUACCACUCCUACUAUAGCAACCCCACAAACAGUGUCUGUCCCAAAUAAAGUUGCACCUCCAGUGUCAGUGACAAGCCAAAGAUUUACGGUGCAGAUUCCACCUUCCCAGUCCGCACCUGUCAAACCAGUUCCUACAACAACUGCAGUUCAAAAUGUUCUGAUUAAUUCUUCAAUGAUUGGGCCCAAAAAUAUUCUUAUUACCACCAACAUGGUUUCAUCACAGAAUACGGCCAAUGAAUCAAACCCAUUGAAGAGAAAACACGAAGAUGAUGAUGACAAUGAUACUAUGUAAGGAAUAUAGUCUAGAUGCAUUUCAAACAUGUAGUUGGUUUUGAGCCCAACUAGAACAUUCUAAAUCAUCUCAAGUUUUAGCUUAGAAAACUUAAUUCAUUUAAACUGUUAAUUUCUUAACUAAAGAUGCCAAUGUUUUUUAAUUAGGCUUCAAGUGUAAAAAGUUAAGCACUUGUUUCUUAAUACUUUCACUAAUGUUGGGUCCUAAUAUGGCAAUUCUAUAUUUGGAAGCAGUUUUCUGCCAUGUCUCACUAACAGCAGCAUUUAAGUUUCAGUUUCCACAGCCUGGUCAGUGGACUAAUCUGUAUUAGCAUAAUUUCUUAUCUACAUUUAAAUACUUUAUUUUGUAAGGUAAUAGUCACUUUUAUUGUCACCAACUUUUUUAUCAGAUCUCUCAAUUAGGAAACAUUUUUGGAGAGGAUGGAUUUAGAGGGAAUCUAAAGCCACUUUGAAUGUAUUUGUUUCUUGGUGUUCCCUAACCUUUCACCUCCUCAACUUGUUUCUAUAUCCCAUUCGUUUUCUGCACCAUCUUGUGUCUCUGUAGGCUUAAGGCUUAAGUUUCUCCCCAUUCUCUUAAAUUUAUAAGACCAAAACUGGAAUUUAAAAGUAUCAUUCCUGAUAAUACAGCUUAGUGUCAUUUUCAUAUUUUUAAAACCUGCUUUACAUGCCCAGUGUUCGAUGGUUCAUUUUAACCUGAAGAUUUACAUUUACUUUUUCUCUCCAUACCAGAGCAGUUGAGUUUUGCCCCUUACCUUCAUGCCCAUUGAGCUUUACUCUGCUUUUGACAGAUAGUUUUGGGUCAGUUACAUUCAGUUUCAGUUGAUAACUCCACCAUAUUUCACACUUCUAAGUUUAAUAUAGAUGAUACUAUAGCUUAAAAUCUGCCUUGAUAAGUGAUAACUAUAUUUACACUGGACCUAUGCAAAACCACUGAAGAGCAAGUAUUUUCUUUUUACCGCAUGCCUAUAUGCUUUGAUCACUACUGCUUGAACCCUCCUCCUGCUGGUAUAAUUCAGAUCAUUUUUCUGGCUAGUUGCUGAGGAUGUCACACUUAAGAUGGGAUCAAACCUGAAAGUUUUCUAAUGGUUUUCCUUCCUUUAGAAGGCUAACAACAAAAACAAAUUAGUGUGAUGUGACUUGCACUUAGGUGCACUCUGCAUAGGUUUCCCAGUAAUGUUGUAAUGUUACUAAAUACCUUUCCCCUUUUCCAUUUAUAUACAUCUUAUUGGGAAAGAUUGCAAAGCUUUCAAAAAUAUAAACAGGCUUGUGUAGUUCUUAAGUGAGUUUGACAUAUUCAACAUAGGAAUACUUUUGCAGAAUUUUCUAAAGUGAAUUUUCAUAUCGUAAUUUAGAAGUUGUAGCCAAGGAUCCUCAAAACUUAAAACACAAAUUUCAUCGUAGGAUGGUGCUUGAUACAUCCAAUAGAAAUAGUCCAGCUACAGGGAGGAAAUGUCUCAUCACAAUUUGAGUGUUUUGUGAUGUUAGGAAAAGGUGGUAUCAAACAUAUAAAAACAGAUCUGAUCAACAUCACAGGAGAAAUGUUCAUAUAUAUAGCAUAGAUUAUCAUUACUUGAAUGUUCUCAGGGAGGCAGCAUGUCAAAAGGUCUAGGUUCUAGUCCUGGCUCCAUCAUUUACCAACUGCGUGACCUUCACCUCUGAGCCUUGUUCUCCUCACUAGUUAUAGGAAAACAACACUGACCCUGCCUACCUCACAGGGAUGUUGUGAGGGUUUAAUUGGUAUAAGUGAAAGUUCUUUCAGAAUUGUAAAAUGCUAUAUAACUGUUAAUGUAUUUGUUCCAAGAUUAUUAAUUAAAAAUAUUGAACUUAUCAUUUAUCUUUCAUUUUUUACUUAAGGGAUUCAAGGAAGAUGAACAAAGUCUAGUAAUUCUGAGGUCCAAAGAGCAAUUAAGAUCUGUUUAAUGGGUGAAUUAAUUAUAAAUCAGGGAAUUGCUUGCUUUUAUUUAGAGUCAGCAUGUGAUUUCAUAGUGAAACAAAUAUGAAAGAAUAUGGAUUUAAAUCUGUUUAAAACAUAACAUGCUCCAUCUUUGGUAGGAUUUUGUACAUAUAAUUGAGGUUACACUCUGAGUGUCCAUUAACUUAUUAGGUCAGCUAGUGAGUGGUUUGCUUUCAGAUGAGGACUGCUUUAUCUUGCAGACCUCCUUAACUAUAUCCACCUAAUCUACCUUCAAGAAUGACUUAAGGCAGCCCUUGUCCUCCAGUUUCUAGGUGGAAUUUUUUAAAGAUGUACUAAUUGUAAUUGAGGUGAGGACAUUGUUGUCCCAAGUUCUUCCUUUAACAUGUAGGAAACAAGUGUCUUCGAUCUGAGUAUGAGUAUAGGAAUACAGCUAGCAUGUGAGAGAAUGAAAGAUAUAAUGCACACUGGUCUAGGGAGUCCAAGAGUGAAGGGAAGUACUCAGGAGGUAGGGAAGAAAACACUAAUCAGAACAGCAGGUACGAAACAGUGUGUAAUAUGCCACCAUAUAUAUUUUAAUAUAUUUAAUGUAUAUACACACCUGGAUAAGCUUUUUAUAUGCAUUAAAUAGCUCCAGAUUUAAGGAAACCAGUCGUAAAGUGGUUGCUUCUAAGAAGGGAAACUGGCAGCUAGGGGACUGAGGUAGGAAGGAGUCUUCUCAUUGUGUACCCCUUUUUGACUUCUCUAUCGUGUGCUAGAGGGGAAGUUUUGGAUAUAAAAAGGAAAAGGAAAGCAGAAAAGAAAACACUGAGCUAAAGAGACUGAUUUAGUUUAUGACAGGAAGAUUAUAAUUUUUUCUGUAUACAGGCAUACAUAUAUUGUCUGGGAGUUAAAAGUGAAUUUGCUACACUUAAGCCUAAACCUUUGAAAUGUUUUAUCAAUCCAUAAUUCUUUAUUAAACCAGGAAGCACAUCCUUAUACUAUUUUAGUUUAUAUGCUCAUAAAUUGUUAUAUACUAUCUUCAACUAGAUUGUAAAUUCCUUCAUGGCAUCAAUGCUAUCUUAUAUUCCCUCCAUUAUGUCCUAAGCAUAUAGCAGGUACUCAAAUAUUUGGCUAUUUGCACUUCCCCAUUCAUUCUCUGGAUUAAUGACCCAAAUAAAUGAGGAAAGAUCCUGGAAGUAGUCUAGUAGAAAGUACUUAAAAGGUACAAUCAGGAAUUGAUAGAUGAAUGAAUUGGCAGUCGUAGAGUAGAAGUGGUAGGUUUAUGGGAGUUUACAGUUUUUUUCAAUUUUUCUAUACAUUUGAAAUAAAAUAUUGGGGGAAAGGUAAUCACAAGGGAGAAAAAGUCAUCAGUCUGCUAAAGUUCUGGCCCAGCUGUGACAUUAAUUUGCUAGAUCUAUGGGUAGCAUUUCCGAGCCUAUCUACAAAAAGAAGACUGGACUAGAAUUUCUGCUUCUCAAACCAGGGUAUAGCAUACCAUUAGAGGUGUGCAGAAACAUGGUACAUUUAAAAUUAACUGCAACUAUGGGGACAUUAUUAAUUAAAAUAAAAUGAAUUUUUAAGAAAAAAAUUGAGCCUUAAAAUUUUUUGUUUUGUUUGAAGCAGCCUCCAAAAUUUUCUUUUGCUGUUCUCUCCAGAGUUAAGCUAAAAAAAAGUCUUAGUCUAGAAGAAUUUCAGGAGUGAGGCCCAAGGAAAAAGCACCAGCCUUUGGAAUCAGACAAACCUGGACUUGAAUACCUACUGUUACUAGCUCUGUGAUCCUGUCCAAGCGUUCAACUAUUUCUUCAUCCAUAUAGGUGAAAUACAUAACUAAUAUGUAAAAUGCCCAGCAGAGAAAUUCUAGUUAAACAUGGGCUUCAGAAAUUCCAUGUUUAUGUCUGCUUACUCGUGAAACCCCAUUAAAAUGACAGGAAAGGGAAAAGAAGAGAAAAUUACAAGGACAAUAAAAGUAUCAGUAUGUCAUUAAAAUCACUUCUUGGUCUUUUGGCUAAGAUGGAGUGCAGAAUGUCUAGAUUUUCAGCAAUGACAAUGAAGCAAAGCCUUCAAGUCUGAGAAAUUGAUAUACAAAUGGAAAUUCUAUAAAUAGUUAAACAGGCUAGUAUAAGGGUUGAAUAAAGAUAUUUUCAAACACAAAGUCUUAAAAUUUUUGCCUCCCAGGAAAACUAGUGAAGUCUGUAUUUCAUAAAAAGGAGAGUAAACCAAGAGGGUUACCCCAGAGGGGUUUCCUCUUAGGAAACUGCAGGGCAAUAGCUGUACAGCAAACCUAGAGGGCAGCCAAGACAAACUGGAAUGGGAACACAGGACUCCAGCAGGGACAUCUCUCAUAAAAAGACUAUCUCAUAUGUUUACAUAUAUUAGGAAUGAAUCAGUGAGAGGUACAUAGAAAAAAAUAAAUUUUUAAACUAUCAGUAACUCCAAAGAAAAUUAAAAGGUACAUAAGUAAAUGUAAUCAUAGCACACAACAUAGCUCAGCUGCGAAUAGUAUUUACAAUCACAAGGUAAUCUAGAAUUAUGACAAAACUAUUGAGAGAAUUAAGUAGGGGACAUUGUGAAACAGGCUAUAAGGGAGCUAAUCUUCCCAUAAGCAUAUUAGAAACAUGAAUGUAAAUAUCAGAAAAAAGCUAAGAGUUGAAAAUGGUCACCUCUGGGAAGUGGGAAUUUUUAUAAGCCUUGACUUUUUAAAUUAUGG